CAAAACGAAAGCCACCACAGUAGAUUAGAGCAAGUGGCUGGCUGAGCAUUGUCGUGCGUAGCGUUUGACAAAAUGGAUGUACUUAAAGGUACCUACGACUUGAUAACAAGUCCCAGCACGACGCCGGAAGGCUACAAGUAUCUACCCUAUCAUGGCGCACUUCUACCCGUGAUUUUACUCGAAAUCGCCUACAUGACCUUUGUAUUCCGAAUUGGACCAUGGUUUAUGAAAAACCGUGAACCAUACAAGCUGACGAGCGUACUGCGUUACUACAAUAUAAUACAGAUUGUUUUCAAUGCCUUCAUGGCUGCUAUGGCUAUCUAUUUGUUCAUUUAUAAAAAAGUGGUGCCCAUCGGCUGCAUGACAGUGCUGCCUUGGGAACAUCCACUCAAGUCGGUAGAGAUGCUCGCCGGUUACUCGUACGUGAUAAAUAAAUUUCUCGAUCUUUUCGAUACGAUCUUCUUUGUGCUGCGCAAGAGUUACAAGCAAGUCACCUUUUUGCAUGUCUACCAUCACAUCAUGAUGACCAGCGUUUCGUAUGUUUAUAUGAAAAUUAUUGGCUCCGGUGGACAUGCCGCCAUACUUGGCAUGAUGAAUGCUAUUGUACAUGUCAUAAUGUAUGGUUAUUACUUUGUGAGUGCGACUAGUCCGAAUAUGAAGAACUCCCUUUGGUGGAAGAAGUAUAUUACGCAGAUACAGAUUGUACAAUUUGUCUUGGCCUUAAUUCAUAAUUCAUGGCCACUGGUAGUGCAAACGGAUUGUGCCGUGUCGAAGACCUUCUGUGUAUUCUCUGUGAUACAAGCGGUGCUUAUGAUCUAUCUCUUUGGUAGUUUCUACAAGAAAAGUUAUCUGGAUGCUAAGAAAAAAACUGAGAAGCGUAAAUGAUUUUAGUGAAAUUUGUUCUUUCUUAUGUGUAAUAAUAUAAUAUGUUUAAAUGAGUUUGUUAACUUUUAAGUGAUAAGUGCACUACGAUAAAAAAAAAUUAUUAAAGAGACUAUUUCAUAUUUGGUACUUA